GUCCUAUCAAAAACGAUAAACUUCCUAUCUAACACUAUAGCAGGAAUUCUGUACUGGUAACUGCCAAUCGAAUUGUGGGCAGCCCAAUCGACCCAGUCAUGGCAAUGGGUCGACGGGAAACGACGUUCGCAACAAUCUUUGGGGCUACUACGAGACAUGGAAGUCCGAAGGAACAAACUGUGGUAUAAUGGAGCCAUCUCAAAUUCCUGUAGAGGCACUACAAGGAGUCUACACUGCAUUCGCCUAUGUGACCACUGGUUCUUAUCAAAUCGUGCCCAUGCCUGGCCAGGACGAAGAUCUCUUCCAACGAGUUACAGACAUAAAGAAGCGCAGUCCUGAUACAAAAGUGUAUGUUUCUAUCGGAGGUUGGACGUUUAACGACAAUACAUCAUCAACCCGUGAGGUCUUCACGCAUAUUGCCAGCAACCUUUUUAAUAGCCUCCAAUUUGGCAAGAAUUUGGCCCUUUUUAUGAACCAGUAUGGGUUUGACGGCGCUGAUUUGGAUUGGGAAUAUCCUGGAGCCCCAGAUCGCUCUGGUCGUACACAAGAUGUCUCCAAGUUUCCGGAAAUGCUACAAUGGAUUCGCGUUGCCUGGAAUGCCUAUGGAAAGUCCGACUGGGGCCUAACCAUCACCGUACCAACAUCGUAUUGGUACCUGCGAUGGUUCGAUCUUCCAGCGUUAGCUAAAUACGUCAACUAUUUCAACGUCAUGGCUUAUGACUUACAUGGCAUUUGGGACUCCACGGACCCAAUCGGCCCUUACGUUUAUGCUCAUACUAAUCUAACAGAGAUUGAUCUUGCACUGGACCUUUUUUGGCGUAGUGAUAUCCCCGGAGAUAUGCUCAACAUGGGCCUGGCGUUUUACGGCCGGGCGUUUGAGUUGAAAGACCCGAGUUGUACUACCCCAGGUUGCGAGUUUAGCGGACCAGCCAACGAAGGCCCUUGCACCAAAACCGCGGGAUUUUUGUCAUGGAGGGAGAUUCAGAACAUUCUGAAUAGCGAAACUAUUGACUUUGACACGAGGUAUGAUCAGACAGCCGGAGUCAACUAUAUGGUGUGGAACCAGAACCAAUGGAUAUCAUAUGACAAUAAAGAAACUUUCCAGCAAAAGAUUGAGUUUGCUAACCAGAGAGGCAUACACGGCAUCUUUAUCUGGGCUAUUGAUCAAGAUGACGACUAUUUCAACGCCUUGAAAGCAGUGACAGGGAAAGACAUUGCUCCCACAGUCGCUGAAAGCGACACCCUAGGCUACUGGGAUGUGAAUAAAUGUUACAUCACCCACUGUGGCGAUACUUGCCUGGUCGGGUGGACUAAGAUGACAGGAUUGAACGAGGACAGGGACGGCGUUGGUUGCCCUAACUCAAGCCAAGACUCACAGCAACGCUCGCUAUGCUGCCCGCCCUGGAGCGCUCCAGAUCCCUCGACCUGCAACUUCUACGGAAACGCUCAGUACUGUUAUGGGCAGUGUGCACCAGGAGAAGUCCUUUUCGCGACUGACAACUUUGGUCAUACAGGAUGGUGUCGUGAAGGUAAGAAGGCAUUUUGUUGUCCGGCGACGAGCGGCAAUGAGGCUGUCGCUGCUUGCCAGACAGUAUGGGGAGACUGCCCAUCCGAGACUCCUCAUUUCAUGACAAAGGUUGGAGACCGCCAGGCAUUCUGUUGCCCCGAUUCACCGACGUGGAACAAUUGUGGCUGGCAUGGCGACACCACGACCUGCAACAACAACCGCUGUCCUAUCGGUCAGAUCGAACUCACUCGAAGCCAGUAUGGUGAUAACUGGUGGACGGGAUGCGUUUUGGGUCGACAAAAAGCAUACUGCUGCGACCCGCCCUUCGAUGGCACUGCAUUCAUCCCUGCAUCUCUGGAUCAACUCUUCGCGGAUGGCGACGAUUUCCCUAUAGAUGAAGCCCCGGUAUACUAUGAGGCCUUCGAUCAUAAUGCGGAGACCACUCCAAUAUUCGAAAACACCUACACUGACGAUCCUAACAAAGAGCCAUUUGCGUGGACUAUUAUGGUCGGAGCUAAGGAAGAUGUACAGUCCUUGCGCAGACGAGAUGGUUCACACCUGGAAGCUUUCGAUUGUCCAACUCCUGCCGCAGAUGACUUCUCAACUCAAACUCUUAAGUUGGUGUGCCUGUCCGAUAAGUCGGAUCAUAACUGUGAAGACAUCAUGCUUGGCACCGUCAAAGGAACAAUCGUGCGACUUCCCGAGGACUGCGGUCCCGACGAAUGGGUCCGAGCAGUCUCAUUCCAACCACUUGAGAACCAUCCAAUUCCAUCACAUCUUGUCAAGCGCGCCCCAGAAAAUGCCAAUAUCUACCAGCUGAGAUACGAUUACAACUUCCGUCAACUUAGGCGUGACGGAGGCGAGAUUCAUGUGCGACUCGAUACUUCUGACCAUGCAGGCUACUGGGAUGAAAUUGUGACGUCCAACACGGAUGACCCAGCUAGGAAGCGCAGUGAAAAUGGCGACAACGAGAACUGGCGUGAGUUCCACCUCUCAUGGUUCAAGGAACAAGAGGCCGUCAGAAAGCGUGGCGUCGGAGAGGGCGACUCUUGGUGGUCCGACCGUUUCACUGCACUGCUUAGUGGGGAAGUGAGUUAUGGCAUUCAUCACACCUACUCAUACGACCAAGUUCUUUAUUCGGCAUCGUUGAGCUGUCCGGGUAAUGUAGAUGCUAGUGUCGAAGCACGCAUUGGAGGAAAUUUCGAAACCAAACUCGACUUUGGUAUAUCUUUAAUUGGGACACUUCGUAACUUUGACUUUAGCCAAGCUUAUGCGUACUUCCGCAUGCGGGAUACUGAGAUGCUGAACAGAGCUGUCCUUGAAGCAAAUGCUGUCUUCCAGAUGGAGUCAGAAAAGAUUCCCAUAGUAUCUGAUUUCGAUCCGUUCGGUGGUUCUUUCAACCUGAAGGGUCUUUGGGUUGUGGGUCCAUACUUCCAAGUCGAUGCCCAAUUACAGGCCUUGAUCGUAGCCUCAGGAUCAAUUUCUGCCGGGGUUUCCAUACCAAUCGAAGAUUAUACGUGGAUGUACCCUCAGCAAAUGGGGUUCAGCCCUGACGAAGACGACAUCACCUUGAACCCUAUAGUGGACUAUACUCCCAAGGCUGGAAUUGAGACAAGUGCUGCUUUGGGUAUAGAGGGUAGUGCUACUAUAACCAUAUAUCCUACUAUGGGAUUCCAAAUUCAAUUAGGGGCUCUUGGCGUGCAAUUGGUCGAUAGCAAAGUCUCUUCCAGCUUUACUUUGGGUGUCACCCUCCAUGUUGGGGCUAACAGUGACGGGGACUGCGACGGAGCUUUGAUGGCUCUCGAUUUGAAUGCCGGUGCAAGCAUUGAUCUAACGAACCCUCUUCCAGGCUGGGACUUUGUCGAGGACGUCAAUUGGGAAGUGAUGCCGCUGCACAGUAUUCGGUUGAAAAACCAGACAUGCAUCCCAUGGUCAGGCUCCGUGGACACAGAUACUAAAGUAAGGCGGUCACUCGAUCACUACUCGUACUUAGAGUCCCGCUCUUUGAUAGACAUCCUAUUCCCUGAUGCUCUGGCAUCUGCCUUGGCAUGUCCUACAGAUUUCACUUCCGACACUGGUGACUGCACUGCGCACAUUCCAGGCGACUACGGGCAGAUAUUGAAGAGGGAUUCCCUGUCGGGUGUGUUGUACGACAAACCGACCAAUACUACCGAGGCACCGACCGCUGAGGUAUUAUUUAGGAGAGCUAUUGAGAAGAGAUCGAAGAAAGAAUCUUUCUAUUACUGUAACGUGGCAACCUGGCUGGACUCGCCGCUCUGUCCGGGUAAUGACCCAACCUGCAACAACAAGCAAAUUGAAGUAAAUGGCAUCACAUACCCAGCCUCUGGAGAUCUGGUAAGAGAAAUCAACAACAACCAGGGCAGCUACACCACCUAUGGACCUACUGGAGGUUGCGAUGACUAUACAUUUGAUACAGUCAAUACACCUCCGACUGGCACCACUUCCGACUGGGCAGCUGAACAUAUUCUGGAGUGGCAAUUGUUCCAGGACUUCCUACUGGAUUUCCCCGAGUAUGCACCGUUCAGUGGCAUGACUUUCGUCAAUCAGGCGGAUGCCAACUACAUUGGAGCGCCAACAGCGACCACGUGGCAAUUUUGCACUUACAUGUGGUUCUGGUGGAGAGAGGCUCAAGUUACCUACCAGGGCUUGACGGGUUCUGGAAUGGACAUCGUGGCAAAGUCAUUUCCCAACAACGUAUUCAACAAAGCGGAGCUGCAACUUCUGGACGAAGAUACCAACAAGAUGAAAGAAAGAAUUUGGGGUACCGGCGUUAUUCGAACUGACUCCACAAUGAAUUCGUAUAUGUCAAACGAUCCCAAUGUCGCGAUCAACGUCGUUCGACAUACCAUGUUUGCGGUACAAUAUCAACAAAUUACGAGUGUGAAAGAUCUGCUCGUGUCGCAAGCACGUCGUAUAGGAACCUGGCUAGACGACAUAGAGAACCUUCUCGUCGCAGGGGGCAUUGUAGCAGGUUUCAACUCGCAGACAUACACGAAACUCAACCUCGGAAAUGCCUGGAGGAAAUAUGUCUACCGCCAAUGGAGCGGGGCCAAUGUAAAGCAACAAGAUUUCCUGCGCGCAUGGGUUGCGAACAUCGUUAGGAAGCACACGCCGGGCAACGCUGGUAGCGCGGCUGGUGGUGCCAACGCCGGCGGUGGUCAGACGAAUACAGCUAUUGUGAAUCGUGUGAAGAAGAUGAAGGAUGCGUAUGAUGCUUUUUUGCUUACACCAUGGACCAAUCCCUUCCCAGCUGCUUGGGCUUAGUAUCUGAGAUAUAAAUCGAGAAUAAAGCACGAUAAAUAUAUCUAGGC